AUGAGCUCUACCAUACAUGGUACAUCGCGAACCCAGGGGAACUUAAAGCUCAUUCCAGGACAACACAGACUCGACGAACUAGUGAUGCUUAUCGUCAAGAACUCUCGAGACCGAGGAGACAGUCUUACAUCCCUUCAGAAAGAAGCCUUGAGAGCCACCUCAAAAGGGCAGGUUUUAGGCAGCGGCAAAUCCACCUACGAACUCAUAAAAUUUUACCAACCGAUAUUCGACAAACUUUUUUUUCUCGGGAGCCUAAAAGGUCGAUUAAAGAUAACUGCGACAGGCAAAUGGGCAAACCAGGAAGGAAAUUAUGGAUGGGCAAACUUUGACAGCCAACGCCGUGACAAGGCAAAGAUAGCUGUCAAUACUAUGAUGGACAACGGGCAAAAUAGAAUAUUGAGGCAUAUGGGAACUUUGCUUCAUGAGAUGAUUCAGGGAUUCUUGCUGAUCUAUAUGGUCCCGCGCUACAACAAGGAACGUCGGUCGUUCAAUAAUGGACAUGGUUAUACGGGGCAUGGAUCUGCCUGGCAUGAUAUUGCUUACGCGUUGGAGAAAGCUUCCGAUCACUCUACUUUGAUGGACAUCAAAUUGCCUAUGGGCCGUGACGUUGCCUUAUGGGGAGAGAUGGUGCAGGCGCAGACUAGAGGGGAGAAAAUAGACCCGAACAAGUGGGGCCUUGGUCAAAACAGACGCAAGAACCCUGGAAAUAUGUCCUGCUCGACAUGCAUGCCUGGGGGCCAGCUCAAUCCUGGAGGACAACUGAUUCCAGGAGGACAAAUGAUUCAGAGACAGAAUAACUCAUUCGGCAUCCACAUUAUGGGGCCGGGUUGGCAGCAAUUCAUACAGAUCCCGUACCUCUCAAACAUCGGAGUACAGUUAUAA